GCGCCAUUUUGGUGGAGUUUGAAUGUUAUAGGAGAAGCAGUAAUACUGUUGUUUGAAAGUGGUUCUUGGGUUUUGGUAGUAGCUGUAUCUGCUGAGGCGAAGGUUUUUCCAUCAUGGAGCUCAGUGAAGCAAAUCUACAGACAUUAACUGAGUACUUACAGAAAACUCUUGACCCAGAUCCUGCUGUUAGACGCCCAGCGGAGAAGUUCCUUGAGUCUGUUGAAGGAAAUCAGAAUUAUCCAUUGCUGUUGCUGACCUUGCUGGAAAAAUCAAGAGGUACUGUCCUCAGUGUGUGUGCAGCUGUGACGUUUAAGAACUACAUCAAAAGGAACUGGAGAAUUGUUGAAGAUGAGCCUAACAAAAUCUGUGAAGCAGACAGAACUGCGAUCAAGGCCAGCAUUGUGCAUCUGAUGUUGAGCAGUGAAGAACAGAUUCAGAGACAGCUGAGUGAUGCUAUCAGUAUAAUUGGAAGAGAAGAUUUUCCACAGAAAUGGCCAGACCUCCUCACGGAAAUGGUGAACCGUUUUCAAAGUGGAGACUUCCAUGUUAUUAAUGGAGUGCUACACACAGCACACUCCUUGUUUAAAAGGUAUCGACAUGAGUUCAAAUCAAAUGAGUUGUGGUCUGAGAUCAAGCUAGUUUUGGAAAUGUUUGCUCAACCUUUAACGUGCCUCUUUAAGGCCACAAUUGAACUUUACCAGUCUCAUGUCAAUGAUAAAAGCGCUCUCAAGGUUCUCUUCUCCUCCUUGAUUUUAAUUACCAAACUAUUUUACAGUUUGAAUUUCCAGGACCUUCCUGAGUUCUUUGAAGAUAAUAUGGAAACCUGGAUGACCAACUUCCAUCACUUGCUGACGUUGGAUAAUAAGUUGCUGCAGACAGAUGAUGAAGAGGAAGCAGGAUUGUUGGAGAUGCUGAAGUCACAGAUUUGUGACAAUGCUGCUCUCUAUGCUCAGAAAUAUGAUGAAGAAUUUCAGCCAUAUUUGCCUCAGUUUGUUACUGCCAUUUGGAAUUUGCUAGUAACAACUGGUCAGCAGGUGAAAUAUGAUUUGUUGGUGAGCAAUGCAAUUCAGUUUCUGGCAUCUGUGUGUGAACGUCCACACUAUAAAAAUCUUUUUGAAGAUCAAAACACAUUAACGAGCAUCUGUGAAAAGGUUAUUGUGCCCAACAUGGAAUUUAGAAGUAAGUUGUUGGUGAGCAAUGCAAUUCAGUUUCUGGCGUCUGUGUGUGAACGUCCACACUAUAAAAAUCUUUUUGAAGAUCAAAACACAUUAACGAGCAUUUGUGAAAAGGUUAUUGUGCCCAACAUGGAAUUUAGAAGUUGCUGUUUUACAGUGAACGAAUUUCAAGUACUGAAAGCUGAUGGCAUCAAAUACGUCAUGAUUUUCAGAAGUCGACUACCCAAGGAACAGCUGCUGGCAGCCGUUCCUCUCCUGAUAAACCUUCUUCAGUCAGAAAGCAUUGUCGUGCACACGUAUGCUGCCCAUGCUCUCGAGAGGAUCUUUACAAUGAGAGGAGAGGAUAAUACUACACUAAUCAACCGUGCAGAGAUGGCUCAGUUGGUGGAACCACUCCUAACAAACCUCUUCAAAGCUAUGACAGUGACUGGGUCCUCAGAAAAUGAGUACGUUAUGAAAGCAAUCAUGAGGAGCUUCUCAUUGCUUCAGGAAUCUAUUGUCCCAUAUGUCCCAACCCUCAUCAGUCAACUGACGCAGAAAUUACUAGCUGUUAGCAAGAACCCAAGUAAACCACACUUCAACCACUAUUUAUUUGAGUCUCUGUGCCUGGCUGUCAAAAUAACCUGCAAGUCUAACCCAACAGCUCUUCAGAGUUUUGAGGAGGCACUUUUUGUGGUGUUCACCGAAAUUCUUCAAAAUGACGUUCAAGAAUUCAUUCCUUAUGUGUUUCAAGUAAUGUCGCUCCUCUUGGAAAUGCACACGAGUGACAUUCCAUUAUCGUAUAUGUCCCUGUUUCCUCACCUUCUGCAGCCAGUUUUAUGGGAAAGGACUGGAAACAUCCCUCCACUUGUGCGACUGCUGCAGGCGUACCUUGAGAGAGGCGCAAAUACAAUAACAAGUACAGCUGCUGAUAAGAUUCCUGGCUUGUUGGGCGUGUUUCAGAAACUGAUUGCAUCCAAAGCUAAUGACCACCAAGGAUUUUACUUGCUGAGCAGUAUUAUUGAGAACAUGCCUCCUGACUCUGUCAGUCAGUACAAGAAGCAGAUUUUCAUUUUACUGUUCCAGAGACUUCAGAAUUCAAAAACUACCAAGUUUGUGAAAAGUUUCCUGGUAUUUAUUAACCUUUUCUGUGUGAAGUACGGAGCAAUAGCACUUCAGGAAAUGUUUGACAGCAUCCAGCCAAAGAUGUUCGGGAUGGUUUUGGAAAAAAUAUUCAUUCCAGAAAUACAGAAGGUUUCUGGUACAGUGGAGAAAAAGAUUUGUGCAGUUGGAAUCACAAAAAUAUUGACAGAGUGUCCAGCCAUGAUGGAUACAGAAUACACUAAACUUUGGACCCCACUUCUUCAAGCUCAGAUUGGCCUGUUUGAGCUUCCUGAGGAUGAUACUAUCCCUGAUGAUGAGCACUUUAUUGAUAUUGAAGAUACACCUGGCUAUCAGGCUGCGUUUUCACAACUUGCAUUUGCUGGAAAGAAGGACCAUGACCCAAUUGGAGAGACAGUUGGCAAUCCCAAGAUUCAUCUCGCGCAGUCUCUCCACAAAUUGUCCACAGCAUGUCCUGGCAGGGUUCCGUCAAUGCUGAGUACUAAUAUGAAUGCAGAAGCACUACAGUAUCUCCAAGGAUAUCUACAAGCUGCAAGUGUGACACUGGUGUAAAAUUGAAAAUGGUUGGGAAACUUCUGAGUGCGUACAAGUGUUGGUUGCAUCGUGCUGGAGCUCUAAGUCCAGAUUUUUGUACUGGUUACUACUACUACCAUGAGAGAUGCAACUUUGUGGAUUAGCUGUCCUUUAUGAAAAAGAAAGGUUGUCUGUGAUUACUGUGUAUCUCGCAGCAAUUUUUUUCUUUUCAUAUGUACUAUAGCGGAGCAAUGACAGCACUUACUUUGUGCCCUUUACAGCUGGAGUUGAGCUCUGAUCAGUGCACUUUGGAUGUUUGAGGCAACUGUUCAGAUGUAAGAAUGUACUUGAAGGCUGUUUUGUCUACCUGCCUCUUGCCGUGAUCAUUGUAGUGUUGUAAUAAUUUGUAUUCAUCUUGUGUUUUUAUUUAUGUCUUCUGUCCAAAACAUUUUCUUGAAGUAAAUUGUGAAUAAACAUGUACUUAUAUAAAA